UUUCAGAACGCUGUCGUCUUUAUCUGAAACCAUGAGUAAGUCCGGCACGCUGAAAGUCAAGAACAUAUUUAAACUCAAGUCACCUGAGAAGGAGAACAAGGAGCUGAGGCGUUCGGGGUCCCUCGGCGAUGAGGCACCCAGGAGCCCCCCCUCGGACACCACGCCGGGCAGCGACGCCCCCCCCAGCCCGGGCGACAACGCCACGCUCCCCGGUGAUGUCCUACACACCUCCCCGAAAGAAAAGAAAAAACGGCGGAUGUUUGGUAGUUGGAAGCUGAAACGAAAGAAAUCCAAGCGCAACAAAGAAGCUGGAGAGGAGGCGUUUUUCCCUGAGACUGAUGAACUGGACAGCUUCAACAGCCAUAUGAGCUUUGACCAGAUGAGUGUUUCCACAGAGUUCAGUUUCCGGACUGAACUGGCCUGGGACCCUAGUUUGGAUUCGACCUCCAUGUUCAACAUGAAUAUGACUCAGCCACACAGCCCUACUUCUCCUUCCAAAUUCUUCAAGAAUUCGGAGGAGAAGAGGGGAAUGUUUGAUCGCAUUAGCAACUUCUUCACCUCUAAGAGAAGGAAGAGCAGCAGUAGGCAGCAAUCUGACGCCUCCACCUGUCCAAGUUCCCCAACAUCCCCCUUGUCUCCAUGUUCGCCCCCGUCUGAAGACUUAGACGAUGAGCCGAAGACUCCGACUAACUGUCGGAAAGCCAGUGAGCUAACAGGGUCACAUUGUGCAGAUUGGGGCAACAGCCCAGGAGCUGAGCAUGGUGGCAGUCAAACCUCUAGUGCCAGCAGCAUAAGCAGAGCUUCUUUGGUCACAGAUGAGGCAAUGAUCCCGUUUGCAGACAGUGACAGCAGUGGCAGGAGUAGUGUGAGGGAGGUGCAUGUGUGCAGGAUUAGCACAGCCAGCGGUGAAAGGAAUUCUGGGAAUGUGACUUCCACCACUAAGGACCUUACAUCUACCGCUCAUCCAAGUGGUGAUUUGAGCUCAGAAAUAAGCUUUUCACAAUCAGUGGUUGAGGAAGUAAACAAGAAACUGCAUUUUACUUUGGACGAAAGCAUUCAGCAGAAAACAGAGACUUCCGGUGAGGAUAAUGUAUUUAGCCCAACCACCAUGUUGUCAGUUAAAUCCCCCCUUUCCAGUGCAGUUGAGUCCCCAAAGUCUGCUAACCUAACUUCAAUAAGCUUAGCAUCAAAGAAGGCCUCGGUGAAGGUUGGAGACAUGGGGCACAGCACUGCAAUAAGAGGAAUAACUUUAGGCUCCCAGUCACGUACCUCACGAACCAUCACACUUCUGCAUGACAAAAACUCUCCAAGUGUAGAAGGUGGAAGCUCAGGAGCCAAGGCUACUGCUCAGAUAUCUUCCCACAGCCCCUCUGGGGGAACUGUAAAAACUGAAUGGAGUGCUUCACCUCAGAGAGAGAAAUUACCUAGUUGCGAUUCCCCUAUCCAACUCCAUAAAGCCAUUUGGGUGGAAACACACCUGGGAGAGGAGGAGGAUUGGGAGAGGGAGGGGGAGAAAGAAAAAGAUAUAAUGAAACAAGAGGAGGGCUUGAGAGCAGACUCUCCUCCCUUUCUGGCUGUGCCUGUCAUUGUAAUUCCUGAGGACGACUCAGGGACUGAGGGCACUGGAGUUAGACCUUCUACCCCCUCUGGAACUUUGCAGUUGAGUGGCAGCUUGCCAAAAUCAGCCAUCUCCUUGACACCAACUACCGGGGAGUUUGAGAUAAACUCUGUGCAGACAGAGGAACCUGGCACUGGCACUGGCAAGGACUCGAAGAAAAACUCACAUCAGGAGAAACGCAGGCCGAGGGAUUCACAUGUUACACGCAAGACUGUCAAUCUGCCUUCGAAGCACAAGGCAAAGAAGGUAUUUAUUGGCUCAGAUCAUAGUUUGGAAGGGGACGAACUGUUAGGAGACGACUGCAGCAGAGAUUCAGCUUCAAAGACUCCAACAGAGGUGAAACCACUGCCUAGCCUCCAGAACAACAACAAUGCAGAAUUCAAGGACACAAACAUUCAACUAUCCAUAAGUAAAGAUGAGACUACACAGUCAGUUCCAAAUACACCUGAACCACCUUUAGUCAAAGAAAAAACUGACUCUGAGGUCUCUGACUUGGAUGAUACCUCUGCAUCUUCAGACAUGUACAAAACAAAGUUGCAACCUGCAGAGUCAGGGUUAAGGGGCCAAGGAACUAACCGGGUUACUCUGUCCAACCGAGGGGUCAAAGUCGCACCUGAAAGUCGGCAUACCACAACAAGUGGAACAAAGACCCCCUCCUCUGCAGCUGGAAGCAAGGCCAAGAAUGUCACAACAAAGGCAAAGAGUUUCACACAGGCCACAAAACUGGAAACUUCCAGUGAUAAUCCAUCACAGACGGUUUCUGUGUUACCAGCAUUAAAAUACCAAAGAGCCAGCAGUCCCACAAGUGCAACAGGUUCAAAGUCUAAAAUCCCCAAACGGUCAACAUCAGAUUCUGAUGUGAAAACACCAGUAACACCAGAUAAAAUAUCAAUUCCUGGUGCCAAACUGCAAAAACAACCCAGAACCAAAGAAUCAUUGAAAUCUCCAACCACUUCAACCAAAUCUGUCAGGAAGCUGAACUCUGAGGAAACUAGAGGAGGGAAAUCUGUGUCAGGAAGCGUUGCUUCUACCAGAACUACCAUAAAGUCUGUAACAAAACUCAUUAAGGAAAAGACAGAUGAGGACACUGAGUCUGUAAACCUGGUAAAUGGCGUGGAGAAAGAGCAUAACGAGAGAAGUAUGAAAGCAGGACAACAACCUGAUAGGGAAAUUCUGGAUGUCAAGAAACAGCGGCAGAACGAUGUGGAGAAUAAUUCUUCAACGAGUCGUUUGCCCAUUUCAUCUCCAACAAGAAAAAGCAAUGAUAAUACAGCUCAGACAAGUGGCACCAGCUAUAAAAAAGAUUCAUCCGGUCACACGGACAAACCUAAAUCAGCUCUGAAGCAGAGUCCUGAGCAGCAUGAAGUAACUCCUGAAGUGAGAUCAGGUGGUGAGACACCACCCCCACCCCCUGACAGUCCCAAGAAAGGAAACUUGACAUCAACAAAGCCAUCCAGAUCCUUCCCUAAAAGAAACUUUAGCCAUGAACAAAGUGACACUUGUGCCUCUCCACCUCCCACCAAGCAAGAGAAAACUGUCACACCAAGGCUCUCCAAACAGGAUGACAAUGUCAAACAACACCACAAAGGGCCUGCAAAGGAUUUGGCUGACACCCCAUCGUCUGUGAGCAAGCUUCCUACAAGAGGACAGAGAAGCCCCAACAAAUUAAAAUCCAGAAAACUUCCACCAACUUCCCCAAAUGUGAAUACUGAAGACUUAAGUCCCCAGAUAGCAUGUAACUCGAAGGACCAUGACAGUGAUUACAGAUUUACAUUCAAGCCAGUGCCUGCAAAGGAGGAGGAACAUGUUGUAAAACUCAACACUGAACAGACCAGUUCUUCUGAAAUAAAACUGAAAGAGGCUAAGGAAUUAGGGAGCAUAAGCAGUACUACAGCUGAGGAUAUUUCAGACAUCCAGCCCUUACAAAACAGUGAUGAAGAAGACAUUCAAGUAAAUGUUGCAGAUCUACAAGCCGAGAUAUUCCCUAACAGUGAGGUUGACAGUGCAAUUCCAUCGCAGUCACAAGUUGCGGAUGGACAUAAUGCAGAGAGUAAUGGAUUAAUGCAUGAGGCCAAACAAAUAAAAGCUGAUGUUCCACUAGAAAAUGUGUCUCAAAUACAAAGUGAUAACGCCACACAGUGUCAGGAAAUACUGUUAUCACCAAAGCAUUCACCUACAGUAAAAGACAUUUUGGACAUAACCAACCAAACAAGUAACAUGAAACUGGAUUUAAUCCAGGUGAAAGAGAACAACACUGCAGCACUGGCUGUGAACACAAUACCAGCUCAUGAGGAUGUAACUGAUAUGUUAGCCGAACCUACAUUGGGGGGCAGCAUUCACAAUGACCUAAUGACACACUCUGAUCAGGAUGGUGUUAUACCUGGAAGUAAUUCCUUUAAAGAAAUACAUACAGACAAAGAAGACCCUCCUGAUAAAUUAGAUUUAAAAGACCAAGGUCCUGAACCAAAAGAUGAACACUCAGGCAUUUUUAUUACUGCUUCAGCUGAAGCUAACCAGUCAAAUAAAGAGCAGCAGAAGGAAUUAUUGGAGGAUCAAAUCACAAAUGAAACUGAUAAAUUGCUCCAGACAAAUAGCCUCUUAGCAAAAGAUUUUGAGGUGGAGGGAAAAAGUAAAGAGGAGGUUGGACAGACAACAGAAGACGUCAACAAUAAAACAGAGACUGUGGUUGUUCACAAAUUCCAGGAGAAUUUUGAAAAUCAGUCGGACAAAGAGACUCUUUUACUUGGAGGAGAAUCUGAAAGAAAGGAGAAAGACUCAAAACCAAAUGAAAGGCUUAAUGACGCAGCUGUGGAAAGCACUGACUCAGAGAGCAGUUGUAAAGUGGAGCUUAAGGGCAUAACUGCUGAGGGUAAAGCUGAGAAAGACAUUACAGUUUCAGAGAAGCCAACACCACUAACUUCUGAUGAGAAGUGUUUACCCACUGCUUCCAAUGAGGAACCACAUACGGGAGUUAUAACUGCCCUGAAGGAGAGGACAGAACCAGAUCAUGCAAGAAGUGGAUUUCAUGACUCUACAACAAGUGUGAUUGAUGCAAACCAACAAUCUGAGACCCUUUGGAAAGACAAUACUGAAAGAAAAGCAGACGAAGCAGAGCAGCAGAUUGAGUCAGAAACAGAGGAAAAUGAACAGGAAUCCAAACUACCUCAGACCAAAGAUGAAGAGGUCAAGGAUGACAGCAAAAAUGUGGACGCCAGCUAUGUUGAAAAUCUGAAGGGAACCUCAGACAUAACCAUAAACACAAAAGUGUUGGAUUUUGAAGGCCCAAAAGAAGAGAAGAGGUUACCAAAUGAGAUUUCAAAGGACGCUUCUGAACCUGCCAACCAAGAGAAGGAGAAGCCAACUAAUACCAGAGACAAAGGUAACAAUAUUAAAACCACAGAGGACAGUGCUCACACAUCAACAGAGUCCAAACACCCACCUGGACUAGAUGUUAAUCUAGACCAGGUCAGUGAGAUUGUGAAAUCUACAGAAAAGAUACCAGAAAGUGACAUUUUGCUGACAACUCAGAAAACAGAAGUUUUAAUCUGUGAAGCUCAGAGGGCUGAAUGUACUAAAGAAGAUACAAAGUUGACAGAAUUGUCAAUAAAGAAUUUGGCCAGUGAGACUGAAGUUGUGAAUGCUAACCAUGAAGCUAAUAUUCAGCAAGACCAGUCUGUAACUGUUGGGCAUAAAGAUGAAAACAUGACAAAACCAAACAAAGAAACAAAUUAUGAAUUACAAAAGGAACCAGAAACCGUAAGAACUGAAGUUCAAGAGAAGAAAACCGAGAACCAAAAAACUCACACAACUCAAGAACUGACAUCUCUAAGCACUAGUACUGAAGGUAGGAAAGAAAUGAAUGAAGCCAAGGAGUCAUCAUUGGAGUCUUUGGUGAAUGAGAAAACAGCUACAAAUGAAGCCAAACAUCCAAAAUGUGACCUAAAACUGAAAUCGGAGUCAGUAACAAAAUCUCCUGAGGUGACAAAAGAUGGCCUAAUUCAAGAACUGAAAGUUCACAGUACUGAGGGAGAUAAAGAGAAGAGUGAAACCAUGGAUUCUUCACCAGAGAGUUUGGUGAAUGAGAGAGCAUUUUCAAAUGUUAGUAAAGUUAGCAAUAAAACGACUGAGAUCUCCAAAACUCUUAGCAAGCAAGAUGGGAAUAUUAGAGAAACAGAGAAAAGUAAAUCAACAAAAUCCAAGGGUCUAAACUCAGGCCUAAAACAGAAACUGGAUGCAGAAGUCAAGGAUUCGUCUGCAGCAAGUUUGGUGAAUGAGUUUGUAAUUGGGAAUGCUACUUUUGAAAUUAGAACCCAAAAGAAUGAGCAGACUUCAUUUGUAUUUGAUGAACAUGUGGAAAAAACAGAGAUACAUGCUGAUCAAUAUACACACUUCAAAGUCCCAGAUGCUAACCAAGAACAGAAACCAAAGACUGGAGCAUCAGAGGAGCCAGGAAAGGUACCAGAAAAGGACAAAUUAGCCAAACAAUCAAGUUUGCGCACAACCGAAACAAUUAGUAGAACUGAUGCAAAACAGGAAGACAAAAACCUCAUUAAAGAGGUUGUUCUAGAGAAAGGUAAAGUGGCAAAUGAAGUGGACCAGCAGCUUAAGUCAUCAGUGAUAGAUAUCAAGCAAGAAUCUGAAGCCAUUUUGGUAAAAGAUGUACCUAACAAAAAUGGUGACGCAGGUCAUAAAGAAAAGGUCACUAUUGUUUCAGAUAAAAUGUCCAUUAGCACCUAUGAAGACAGCAAAGAAAAAACAGAUGAGUCAGCGGCUUUUACUACAGUCAGUGGUUUGAACCAAGGACUACUGACUUCAAAAGAAGACAAAAGACCUCCAAAGCCAACACAAGAUGGGAAUUCUUCUCUUUCUGCCACAGUGAAAUCCUUCUCCACACCCCCAGGCCACCAGCUAAAAACAGAAUCUCCGUCAAGCUGGUUAGAUGUGGAACAUAACCAAAAACAGAGGAAGGAACACAAGAGAAGAUUUGUUACAUCCACUAGUGAGGAUGAAUCUCUUGAGCUUGACGACUUUGACGAUUUUAUCAGGAGCAUUAAGGAAGGUGGAGUCCCCUUCUCCCUACCCCCAAAAAGGCACAUUCGUAAAAAGUCCCCAUCUCCACCUUUUGCCAUGCCAGCCAUCAAGGAGGACCAUUUUGAGAAAACGUUUGAUCCUGAGGAAUUCAAAUUUGGCCUAAGGAAAAAGGACAGAAGUAUGAUGGAUCUUUCACCAGCUAUGAUUAUUAAACAAAAAGCAGCCAAUAGGGAAGGCCGAAAGGGGAGACUUUCUCAAGACAGUGGCCCAUCCUUCUUAAAACAGCAAAUGAACCCAUUUGAUAAGUUAGAAGAAAAAGAUGGUGUUAAUGAGGGGACCAAUGCUGAAGCAGGGGUAGACCCUGCACAAAACAGUGGAGACGAGCCUGGGAAGAUGACGUCAAGGCUUGGAAGGAUGUCCAUCCUGUCCAGUUUACUGAGUUCCCCUCGGUCAUCCAGGAAAACUAAAGAGGAAGCUACGUCUGCCUCAAAUAACACACUUUCAUCUGAUAAAAAACUGGACCCGCCCUCAAUUGGAAAGGCGGGAGUUGUUGAUUUACCUGUGCCUGGCGUCACAGCUGAUAACUGGAGAGUGAAAAGUAUGGAUCAAGGCCCUGGGGAUACAGGCACAGCUAAUGAGUCAGUACUUAGCCCUGAAUCUCCGCCCUCUCUGCCCACGUUCUCAGAAAUAAAGCUGCCUGAUCAUCUUGAGAAAUACUUUAAGAAGAACAAAAAGGAAUCAGAAUCCUCCCAGGACACUUCACAGACGACUGAAACAAACUUGAGUUCUAAAGGGAGUACUACUAUGAAACAGGCCUCAGGAGCAGAUGUACCUAAUGUGGACUUUGGCCCUGUAGGACUACUUCCAACGCCCAGCUACAGCAAGCAGACCUCCCUAAGUGGAAUUCCUUCUUCAAAGACAAAGAUGCCUGCAGUAAAAGGGUUCCACAAAAGGCCUGGAAAGAUUGUCAUACAUGAACAUGCUCAGUUUGGAGGGGAGGCCUUUGAACUCCACUGUGAUGUAGAAGAUGCCACCACGAUGAAGCUGUCCCCCAUCAUAUCCGUCAGAGUCAUCAGAGGAUGCUGGCUCCUUUAUGAAAAGCCUGGCUUCCAGGGCCGUGUCAUUGCUCUUGAAGAAGGUCCUUCAGAGCAUAUUGUGAAUAUGUGGGCGGAGGAGGGAACUACAACAACCCUAGACUCGAUGGGUCAGCCUAUUCCAACAGAGCCUAUGAUCAUAGGUUCUAUUCGACUGGCUGUAAGGGACUACAGCACACCCCGAAUAGACCUGUUUGCAGAGGUCAACGGGCUGGGGAGGAUGUCAUCUUACUGUGAUGACACUGAAGAGGUUGGCUCCUAUGGGAUGCCACAGACCACCGGCUCCAUUAAGGUCCAUUCUGGAGUAUGGCUGGUGUACACUGAACCAGGUUUUCAGGGAUUCAUAGGUGUGCUGGAAGUGGGGGAAUAUCCUUGCCCAGAGGCCUGGGGGUUCCUUGAGCCGUUCAUUGGCUCUCUCAGACCUCUCCGAAUGGGAGGAAUCAGGGUGGAGCAUCCAAAUGAAGUCAAGGCCUUAGUGUUCGAGAAGUCAAACUUUGACGGACGCUGUGUGGAGCUGGACAAUGAUGUCUACGACUUGCAAGAACAGGAAGAAGGAACCGCUGACAAACCUGAUGUGAACAAGAAGACACUGUCUGCAGUUGGGUCUAUAAAGAUACUGGGUGGCCUUUGGGUAGGCUAUCAAGAGGCGGACUUUGAAGGCCAGCAGUACAUACUGGAGGAGGGGGAGUAUGCUCACUGCGGUGACUGGGGAGGAUGUGAGGACGGGCUCCAGUCACUUCGCCCUGUAAUCGGCGAUUUCCUGUCUCCACACGUUAAGCUGUUCAGUGAGAGGAACUUUGAUGGGCUGGGACUCAGUGUGGACUUGUUGGGUCCUGUCCCAAACAUGGAGGACAUAGGCCAUGGCAUCAAAACCCAGUCUAUCAACGUCACCAGUGGAGUGUGGGUGGCCUUUGAAAAUCCUGGGUUCAGCGGAGAGCUCUAUUUGCUGGAGAAAGGCAUGUAUGCAAACCCGGGCGACUGGGGAGCGCAGAACUUCAAGAUCUCAUCCAUACAGCCCGUCUUCCAUGACAUGCUGAUGAGAGCGACAAAAUUCAAGGUCCAUCUAUACUCUGAACCAGACUUUCAGGGAAGGCUGGUAGCUCUGGAUGACACAAUAGCAGCUCUGGAUGAGGACUUCACUGCCAGGUCCUGUAAGGUUCUGGCUGGAAGCUGGGUGGCAUAUGAGGGGGCCCAGUUCACAGAGAACAUGUAUGUCCUGGAGGAGGGAGAAUACCCCAACACAGAGGCGAUGGGCUUCCUGUCCUCAGACCCCAAAAUCAGAUCCAUACAGACCGUAGGACACGAGCUCUCUCUGCCCUCCAUCACUUUGUUCACUAAAGUGGGCUUUAAAGGUCGCAGGUUGGUGCUGACGAAUGGAGCUGUAAACCUGCUGCAGGCAGGCAUGGACGCCCGCAUACGCUCCCUGGUGGUGGAGGGAGGAAUGUGGGUGUUGUAUGAAGGCAGUAACUACAGAGGUCGACAGCUGCUCCUCCAGCCAGGUGAAGUGGAUGACUUGUGUAAGCACAGCGACUGGCAGUGGCUGGGAUCCCUACGGCCAUUACUCCAGAAACAGACAUACUUCCAUCUGCGGAACAGGGAAACAGGAGGUUUAAUGUCUCUGACAGGAACCCUGGAUGAUGUUAAGCUGAUGAGAAUUCAGGCCACGGAGGAGACAGGAGGGUUAGAGCAGAUCUGGCUAUAUCGGGACGGACAACUCACCUGCAAGCUGCUGGAGGACUGUUGCCUGGAGACAGCAGGCAGCGUGGUGAUGGCAGGCAGCCGGCUUUGUGUCUCCCCAGAGCGAGGCAAAGACAUCCAGCUGUGGAACAUCACCCCGGAUGGUCUGGUGCACUGCCACCUCAAACCCGAGCUGAUCCUAGAGAUCAAAGGUGGACACCAGUAUGACAAGAACCAGGUCAUCCUCAACACAUUUGAUGAAAGAAAGCUGAACCAGAGGUGGGCUGUGGAGAUCCUGUGAUGUGAUGAGCCUUAGUCCGCCAGAGAAUCUCUUCAGUGGCCCUCUCAGUCCUCUGACGCCCUGUCAGGAAACUGACACCAAACCUGCAGCUCUACUGUGGUACCCACAACAGAGACAGUGGGUAUAUUGUAGUAUGUUGACUCUUGUUGAGGAGGCUGAUCAAUAUCAUACUAGCAACCAGCGUCUGAACAUGCACCCAGGCAGCAUUUGAUUAAAUGUGUUCUUCUCUGUAGAACAAAUGAUAAUUGUAAAUUGUUGACUUUCCUACACUGCAUACCAAAGACUGUGCAUUAUUCAUGUUUCCACUGCAUAUAGUGACAACUCAGCCCUGUUCCAUUGCUGCAUUUUCUUAACUUUAUGGUACUUCUCAUUUGUGGGUUUCUCUGUCUGUUUUCUGAUAAUUAUGUCAGCUAUUAUGAAUGUACAUUGUAUAUUGACAGCUGCAAUAUGAAGUCUGACAUGGCUACACUCCAAAGAUGUCUGUAGACCAGCAUGUUUUCAUUUUGUAAUUUCUGUAUAUUCUGUUUAAGUUUUGAUAGACCUUUACACUUUCACACCAACUGUACUUUACAUUACAGGUUGUACAUAAGUGUCAAGUGUACAGAAUGGGUUUCAAUUUUUAAAAAGAACCACAAGAAUAAUGCUGCCCACCGUCAAUGAUGUAAAUAUGUGAGAAAAGUGUUACAACAAUUAAAAGAAGAAUUUGA